AUGCUGAGAGAUACUCUUCAGACUGCCUUUAACUUGGUUGGGAUCUGUCGUCUAUACCCUCGCCAUCCUUCAUUUGAGCCCGAUAGAUUUGUACCGUCUUCAUUACUUGCCAAUUCAUGUCCGAUAAUUGUCCAAGGAACUGAUUCUCCAUCAAAGAUCUUUCUGCCACCCUACCCAUUUCCAAAUAUGACCAUUUAUCACCUCAUGAUGUGGAUGAGCUCGGGCAGUCACCAGAAAUUGGAGAAUGAGGUCCAGCGACUUGUCAGUGAUGUCCCCCAAGCUGAUGAUUUUGACAUUAAGCAUCUUGAGGGAUUUUCAGUGAAGAAGAACUUGAAAGAAUUGGAUAAAGAUAAGGGCGAGGAGAAAGUCACCUUCCCAGAUGACUGGAUCAAGACCGAUGUCACCAUCGACAUCCCUAUGAGAUCGAGGGAGGAAAGACCGAAGGCAUAUAGUAUUUCCAGAUUCCAUUAUUGCCCUCUUGUUGAAGUGAUCCAUGCGGCAUUUGCAGACAUCCAAGCAGGUGCAUUCCAUCUACUACCUUUUAAGCAACUAUGGAAGGAUCCAAUGGACAAUCACCAGGAGCAAAUAUUUGAUGAGCUCUACACUUCUGAUACCUGGUUAGAAGCUCAGGACGAUCUCCAGAAGUUGCCCAAAGAGCCUGGCUGUUCAUUAGAACGCAUCAUAGUGGGUCUUAUGUUCUUUUCUGAUGCCACUCACUUAGCAAAUUUUGGAACUGCUAAGGCAUGGCCACUCUACUUGUAUUUUGGCAAUCUGAUGAAGUACGUGCAAUCAUUAUCUUUGGUGAGUCCCCCUGAUUUGAUUCUCAACUAUUAA